CAAAUCACUACUGUCUUGCUUGCACGUGAAGUGUAGGUGUGAUGUAUUUGUAACAUAACAUUUAGGUCUAUUUGUGUUUUGCCGGAGUGGUCCUAAUUAUUCUCGAACUCCCUCGAACCUCUUGCUUUACCUCAGGCGAACGCGAUUUCUCUUCAGGUCUGUUUACUGUCAGCUGAGUAAAGGCGCACUUGCUGGCUUUUAUCUGCAUUGUCCUUACUGAUACGUUAGAAACCACAGUUGACCGCAAACAUACUUAACCUUUUGUUUUGAAAAUCCGCCAUAAUUCGCACCCUGGUUUUACUCAGUGGUAGGUUCGCCCUCCGCCCGUGGUUAGCCAGGUCCUGCAACGAGGUCUGACAGUUUGCAUGGCGGUCACUGUACAUGCGUUUAUCUGGACGGAUGUUUUAGAGUUUGCGAGCACAGACAGCGCUGGGUUCACAGGACAGUGCCAGCUCUAGGUUGAUUCAGUCGAACCUGCGGACUCUCAGGUGAUUGGCUGGAGGUGGAUGACAUCAUUGAAAGUCCGCCGCCUCAGCCGCGCGCUAAACUCCUGGAAAGAGAUCAGAGGCGCUCGCGCAGAUGGGAGCCACAUCUGGCGGAUUGUAAAGCGACUCGAUCUAGAGAAAACCAUUCGCUCGAGGUGCGUUUAGGUGAGCAGCCAGUCGCGAUGGUCAGAGACCUAACGAGCUCCUCACCGCCGGAGAAGACCGCGCGCGUUAAGAGCGCAUGAUGUGAAAAACAAAGUGCUCCCGCGCAACAUGAGGACAGCCCUUCUAAUAAUCUUGAGGAAGAACUUGACGGAGUGAAGGAGGAAGGGUGGAUUCUUUUUCUUUUUUCUUCUGGCUGGCUGAGCAUUUUUAAAAUCAUGCAACAUGAAUGUAACUAACAGCACUGGAGCAGAGGGACUCGCGCCCUGGAACUUCAACGGCUCGUUGAGCAACGUAUCCAGCGAUGCCAACUUCAGUUGUGACAACGGCAGCACCAAUGGCUCAUGUGCCGCGGCUGAGGUGGACGGCGACAGCCCCUACAAGACGGUGGAGAUGGUCUUCAUCGCACUGGUCACAGGAUCCCUCAGCUUUGUCACCGUUGUGGGCAACAUCCUCGUCAUGCUCUCAAUCAAGGUCAAUCGACAUCUCCAGACAGUCAACAACUACUUCCUCUUCAGCCUGGCCUGUGCAGAUCUCAUCAUCGGUGUGUUCUCCAUGAACCUUUACACCGUCUACAUCAUCAAGGGCUACUGGCCGCUCGGCCCUGUCGUGUGUGAUCUGUGGCUGGCACUGGAUUAUGUGGUCAGCAACGCUUCAGUCAUGAACCUGCUAAUCAUCAGCUUCGACCGAUACUUCUGCGUGACCAAACCCCUGAGUUAUCCCACACGCAGGACCACCAAGAUGGCCGGCCUCAUGAUCGCCUCCGCUUGGAUCCUGUCUUUCAUCCUGUGGGCUCCCGCUAUCCUGUUCUGGCAGUUCAUCGUCGGGGAACGGACAGUAGCGCCUGGCGAAUGCUACAUCCAGUUCCUCUCCAACCCCGCGGUCACGUUCGGCACAGCGAUCGCCGCCUUCUACCUGCCGGUGGUCAUCAUGACUGUGCUUUAUGUGCACAUCUCUCUGGCCAGCCGCAGCCGUGUAUCCAAGCAGAAGCCUGAGGCCAAGAAGGAGAAGAAAGGGCCAAAGUCUAGCGGCCUGCUCAAGAGUCACAUCUUGAAGCAGAACAACAACAACCAGUCUCCUCCUAAGCCCAGCCUGGAUACCUGCUCUACGGUGGACACCAUGAAGAACGGCAAACUGGACGAGUCUGUGGUGUCCGCUAAAGCCGACUCCUGUGUGCAGCCGGAGGAAAAGGAGAGCUCGAAUGACUCCAGCACAGCCAGCAUAGCACCUAAAGAGCCUAAAGAGCGAGCAAACAGCGAGGCGACUUCAGAGGCCGGACUGACACCCGCCCCGGCAGCCGCCGCUAAAGUCAACCCUCAAUCCAAAUGGUCCAAGAUCAAGAUAGUCACUAAACAAGCAGGAGACGAGUGCAUCACAGCCAUCGAGAUCGUCCCACCGAACAGCACCGGCGAGAGGCGCUCCAUCCCUGUGAAUCGUCCCCGCACUGUGGCACGCAAGUUUGCCAGCAUCGCCCGCAGCCAGGUGAAGAGGAAAAGGCAGAUGGCGGCACGAGAGAAGAAAGUGACAAAGACAAUCUUUGCCAUUCUGCUGGCCUUCAUUAUCACAUGGACGCCAUACAAUGUGAUGGUUUUAAUCAGUACCUUCUGCCAUUCGUGCGUUCCAGACACGGUCUGGGCCAUUGGCUACUGGCUCUGCUACGUCAACAGCACAAUCAACCCCGCUUGCUAUGCACUCUGUAACGCCACCUUCAAAAAGACCUUCAAAAACCUGCUCAUGUGCCAGUAUAAGAACAUCGGCACCAGAUGAACUAAGAGAAGAAGCAGCCAGCGGAGAUGGAGGGUAUGAUAUGGAAGGUGCAAUGGCUGUCCUGGCUCUUCUGGCCCUGAUACCUUUGAAACUUUGGAAGGCACUGUGCAGUACAUUGUGAGGCUUCAUAGUCCCAUAAUGCUGAAACAGUGCAUCAGAACCAAAAGUUUAUGUUUUAAGGAAUCAGUGUUAAAAAGAAGAUGAUGGAGCAGAGACUGAAUCACAGAAGAAAUCAAGCUGAGGUCAUGAAGCAAAUAACUUUUCCAGUAAUCUGAUCAUUGCUACACUGCUAAGACCACUGGUAUUUUGCACUACAGUAAUGUGAAGAUCAAGCCUACGACAUGGCUUGUUAUUCCCAGAAGUGAUAAGAGAAUCACAUCAAAUAUAAACCAAAAGAGACUUGAUGAAUUACAGGAUUUUUAUUGAUUCACUUCAAUUCCCAGUACAGCACAAAUGGUAUCAAUCAAGUCCUUUUGGUUAGUAUUAACACAGUUUCUGACCCAGACUUCUGUGAGAGAGUGCAGAAGAUGUAAUCGGAGAACAUCACAACCAGAACUGAUAACAUAUGGAAAAGCUUAAUUCCUGUCCCAGAAAGCAUGGUUCUCUCGAGUGAGAUUGAGUUUCCUAUACCUGCACCUUCCACUUUCCAAAUGAAGGAAGUCAUAGACUGAAGCUGCUUGCUGACCACAACAGCUGCGUAGUCCAUUAUAUUCAGAGCGACAAAUUCAGGGCAUGUGGUUCAGCUUGGGAGAAGUUAGUCAUCAUUAUCCUCUUAGCGUGAUCCUCUUGAGGUUCUGGAAUAGGUCAAAAUUCAAAAGGAUCUCCUCAAUGGAUUGGGAUAGGCAUUAUAGACUUUAAAUGGGAUGAGACACUCUAUACUGAGCUGAGAAAUGUCACUGUAAAGGUUUGAUCUUACAGAAGUGUGUAAAUAUGUUUAGUUCUGAUGAAUAUAUGCUCUUGAAAGUAUUAUUUCUUCCCUGCAUUUGAUGUCUGGAUGUUUGUAUUCCUCUUGUAUUUAGUUGGUGAUCUUCAUGUGAUUUUACAGAUUAAAUAUUAAAUGUAUUGUUGUCUGUAUGCAAAACUGUUGAAACCAUUUAUGAUUUGUGAUAUACUUGGGAAAAAAAAUAGGAGAAGAGAAGACUAGUACAUUUAUUUAACCUGUUUAUAAGAUGUUAAAUUUCAAGCAUUUCCUUUAAAUCGGGGCACGAAGGACUGUCCAUAAAUUUGAGAAAUGGAAAAUUGGUUUUAUUUCCCCCUGUAAAAAAAAACAUUGUUGAUUUAGUAGAUACCCACUUCAUAAUAUCGUUUUCUCAGGUUGCAAUAUAAUUUCGCCUCAUUUGUAUUUAAAAACAGGGUUUGUAACUGAUGAAACUGCAGCUUGUAAACCAGCUUGUUUGAGAACAUGCGGUCAGAUUUAGCACAGAGGAAAAAAUGUGUUGAUGUUUUAGGGAUCAUGUUUGGUACAUUAUUAACAAGCUGCCAGUUUCAGCAAUUACAGACUUUAAAGCAUUAAACCAAAGAGGUUGUGGCGCUCUGGUCUGUUAUUAGGCCUGGUCUGCAAGAGAGAUUAUUCAUUCAUUAGCAUCAUUUUAAGAUGCAGAGACUUGCUUCUCCAACGUCUUGGGUUUGGUUUCAUGUUUCUACCUCAUAUACACAUCAAAUUUCCAUUCAUAGCGUCUGUUUCUCCAAACCAUCUCUUUUCAAUGAGAAGUAAAGACAGGCUACUAUGUCAUUGAAAAAGAAUUUAAAACCAGAUUUCCAUUUUUCUGAAUAUUUUAAAUUUGCCAAUUGCUUUAGUCUUCUUCUGAUACAUGAACUGUGUUGAAGUAGGCUGUACACUUCAAACUUAGUCAGAUGUACUUCUAUGAAAACUAUCCCGAACUGUGCUGCAAACUCUAAGAAGACUUCACAUUGGAAUAUCGUUAUCGAAGAGAAAUAUGAAACUAUAACCCCCUCUGUACUGUACUAAAGAAAUUCAAUCAUGCAAUCCGAUCGGUUUCUAAAUAUUGUUGUUCUGCAAUUCUGAAAAUAGCGAAGGUCAAAUCUUCGUAUCUAUUAGAUGACCAAUAGAGCAAAAUGACUUUGUCCAUCAUGCUCUCUUUAAAUGUCUAUAAAAUGUAAAUUAUUACAGGGGACAUCCCCCAUUUAACUGUACCUGCUGUAGGGCAAAGUCAAUGUUUAUUACCCCGGUGAAGCUGAUGGAAUGAACACACUGUAAUUACUGACUUAUCUACCACUGCCCUUAAAGAGCCGGUGUACAUAAGAGUGUAUGUUUCUUUUUCUAUUGCAUAAAGCUUAAUAAAGAUCUUAAGCACACUGA